CUGGCCGGCUCGGACGGACAGGCGGACGCGGGAGGGCAGGGCACCGCCGCUGGCUCGGGGAGGCCCAACCAACCAGGGAGGAAGGAGCUUUUGGUAUCCCCCGCCCCAGCCGCCCCACCCCACCCCCAAUCCUGCGUGCAUCUGCCUGGAGUGCCCGGGGGCAGGGCGGCCGAGACUCGCUGGGGAGGUAGAGAAACUGCCGCCACCGCUCCAAAGUUUCUUUUCCUCCUCUGCCGGGAAAAACAAACCAGCCCCCAGCCCAGAGGAAGCCAGAGAGAGGUCUCCACCCGCCGGAACCGGCCCGCUAGUCCACAGCCAAACCCCCAGGAAGGAGGGAGCUGGCAGACCGCAGACGAGCGCGCUAAUCCCCCUGCCCUUCUAGCCCAGGGGCCGUCCAGCCAGUCGAACCUGCUCCAGCUACAUCCGGGAGAGCUCCAUCCCGAGUCCUUCCAAGACGAAGCCAUGGCUCCCCCACGAGCCGCACCCUCCGGGGCAGCUCCGGCUCCCUAAGAGCGGGAGGGGGUAAGAAACCCUCCGCCCGGGGCUGCGCCUUCCUCUCCCUCGACUCUCCAGGAGAGCCCCCGGCCGGGGAAAGCCCAGGUGCGGGGAGGGCCUUCUAGCCGGGCUUCCAAGCCCCCUUGACCAUCGCCCUCGAAGAGACAGGUUGGCAUGGACACGAGGAGGAUCGAGCAGCCCAAGGCAGCCGGGCCGGCCCUGGGCUGGAUGUCGGGCUCGCACCGGAAGAGGAGGCCCACGAGGGCUGAGCUGACCGCCGAAAUGAUCAGCCCGCCCCUCGGCGACUUCCGCCACACCAUGCACGUGGGCCGAGGCGGGGAUGUCUUCGGGGACACGUCCUUCCUCAGCAACCACGGCGGGGUGGGCCGAGGCGGCGGCGGGCGCUCUCCCAGAAGCUUCCUCCUCCGCACCCUGCAGCAGGUCCGGCGGGGAGGGCUCCCCUCCCGGGGGUCCACCUCCUCCGCAGCCUCCUCUCCCGACCCACCGGCCAUCUCGCCCAUCAUCAAGAACGCCGUGUCCUUGCCCCAGCUCCACCAGGCGGGCUAUGACAGCAUGGUGGUGGGCAAGCUGAGCUUCCGAGACAGCCCUCGGGGGUCCCCUGAUGGGCACCAUGGCUAUGGCCUGGAUUCUGGAUUCUGCACCAUCCCCCGCCUCUUGCCCUCUGAAAAGCCACUGGACAAGGACAGCUCCUUCCCUUCCGAGUCUGAGCUGCCUCGAUCGGACUCGGAACCAGAGCUGCAUCGCUCAGAUUCUGAGCCCAAACUCCAUCGCUCCGAUUCCAUGCUCUCCUUCCGCCUGGACCUGGGUCCCUCCCUCCUCAGUGAGCUUCUCAGUGCCAUGAGCUUGUCAGAGGGGCCUGGGAAAGAGCCAGCCCCAGCCCCGACGACAGACCCCCAGCCCCCGGCCGCUGAAGCCCAACCUCAGGGACACUGCCCCAACGGGGUCUCAGUGUCAAAGAGCCCCACUGGGGAGAAGCCGGGGAUUCUUCAGCCUGAGAAGUCGAGGCCACCUGUCAGUCUGAACCCAGCCAGGGGACACUGGGUGGGCAGCUGGGGCCCCAGACCCCACUAUAGCGAGGUGACCGCCCGGCAAGAGCUGGCUGGAGUGUUGCCUCAAAGCCGGGCCUCGUGGGAGAGCCAGGAUGAGGGACUGGGGGCCUCCCCAUGCUGGGCAAGGGGCAGCUCCGAGAGGGAGCCACAGAGAGUCCCGGUGCCCAGCACAGUUCAGGCAAGCUCAUUCCAAUUUGCCGAUGAGGAUGAUGAGGUGAAUAUGUGAGUGUAGCCUCGCUAGGACCAGGGGACCAGAGCCCCAGCUCGGCACCAGGACCUCUAAUCAAGGCCCUCCUCACCCCCCACUUUGGAGGGCACAGGAUUUAGGGUGGAGGAGAGCAAUCCCCACCACCCAAUAGGACAAGCAGCAAAGCCAGGAGCUAGAAGGCCAUGGGGGCCAGGGGAAGAGGGAAAAGGAAAAGGAAUUGGCAUCGCUCCCCAUUCCCCCCACCCUGGGUGCUAUCCCACCACCUCCCCUCCCCAGGCCAAAGCAGAGUCAGUGGGUUGUGGGGAGGGCAGCCUCUGGUGCUUCCAGAGACUCAGCAGGAAUCUCCCUCCCUACCCACUCUGUCUCCCCAUCCCCUCCACACAGAGCCUUCAAAGGGCAAUGGGGAGAAGGCAGGCUUGCCCCUUUCCUGUCCACAGUCAGUAGUAGGAGUAGGUAGGAGGGGGCUGGAUGCCAGAGAGCCGAGACGGGAUCCGGCCUGGGCACAGUCAGCCCCGAAGGCCUGACAGCCGGCUCUGACCCCUGCAGCCGUGGGCACCAGAUGCCCAGCUUCCUCCCAUGCCACUCCUACAGCCUAGCCGGGGCUGACAGUGCAGCCUUUGUGGCUAGGGGAGGGGAGGGGAAGGCAGCACAGGAGCCCAUUGUCUCCACUACUACGACUUGUGGCCCAACCCCCAGGGGGUCCAUUCCAGGCUGUGGGGAGGGGGAAUCCCUCACUAUGGGGGGUGCCUCCUGCCUCCCAUUACGGAUCCAUCUCCCCUAGCCCCUGCCCCGAGGGGGAGGGGGCUUCUCCUCGGACUCCAUCUCUCCACCCACUGCCAUCCCUUCCAGACUGUUCUAGAACCCUAGACCUCAGGCAGGAGGAACGCCUGGCCUUGGCCUGCUGGCCAUCCUGGGCUCUCUGGAUCCAGUCUGAUUCAAAGAGGAGGGGUUUGGGGUUCAGGGUUUUUGGUGGGGUUUUUUGGAUACAAAUUUGUCCCUCUGGAUGAG